GUCUUCCGAUAACAGCCAAACCGCGUGCAACAGGUUGGACAGUUGUCAAUCUCGAGCGAUAGGCAAGGACAUUUUGCGGAAUAUCACAGACAAACGUGAGGAACCAUGAGUGAAGAGACUUGAAAUGUGUUUGUGGAACUUCAUUUUUACUGCUGAUUGAUCCAAAUGUUAUUGUUGCUGUCCUGUUGUUGUCGUAGAAUUGUGCUGCUCCAGAUUUCGCCGCUAGUGAAUACACCGCAUCAGUUAAAUGAAGACUAAAGUGAAAAUGAUGAACCGAUCGGCUGCGUGUGUCUCUAUUAUCCUGAUUUAUUGCGUGCUGUGGGUGGCCUGUUCGUUUCCGAUGGCGCUAUCUUGCGAUUCCUGUGGGCGUGAAUGUGCCUCCGCAUGCGGAACGCGACACUUUCGCACGUGCUGCUUCAAUUAUCUACGGAAGCGUAGUUCUGCCCCUCCGAUUAGCACUGCUCCGCCUCCUCCCGCUAUCGCUAUUCGGAAUGGUCCAAUCAGCAUGGAACAGUGGCUUUCGAAGGCUGGCCUAGAACAGGACGAUCAACUGACCAACAGGCAUCACCAUCCGCAACUCCCAGUUAUCGAUCUGGAGGCGCUUUUCGGCUCGGGCAGAAAUUCCCUGGAGAAUGAUAUCUACGACUACGAACUUAAAGAUGGCGGCGGAGGAUCCAGCCGUGAGGCAGACAGUGGCAAACGAAACUCAAUAGUGGCCAGUCACACCAACAGGCUCGUCGGAAGAUUCCGGCACCAUCGCUUGGACGAUGAACGGGAUUCGGACCAGCAGCGAUCAGUGAGUGGAGAAUCCGACCCCGGAAGACUUCAACUGCUGUACGAAAACUAAUUCCGUUGAGCAAAAGCACCACACCAAAGUUGAAGAUUCGAACGUUGCGGUUGACUCCAAGGGCUGGGUUGAGUCAAGCGAAGUGCUCGAAUCCGUACAAAAAACUGUUAGACUACAAAAAUGCGCAGAAUGAAUCUGAAUAACUCCAACAAUCUAUAGAAAAUCCCUACGAUUACAAAGAAGAUUUGAUCAAAGAGAAACGGCAAACGGUUUCCAUUCAGCUAUCGAAAAAUUGAAGUAAUUCGGCUUCAAACGCUAUAGCUGCUCCAAGUAAUAAUCAUUGUAAAAAGUUGUUUAACUGUUUAUGCCAUACAAAAGAGGUGAACAAUAAUAAUAUUUUUACCAGAGCCAUAAA